GUCAAUGUGUCAUACAAACUGUUGAAAUGUACCAAAUGGCACUAGAAGAUGUUGCAACACUUGAAGCUGACAGCAAGACACUUGAAAAAUCAAUAAUAUCUAAUAUGAAAGCCAAAGAAGCUACCCUUAAAGCUCUAAGGGAUGAACUAUAUGACCUGACAGAUGAAUGCAAAGCCCUUACAUGCAGAGAGGGUGAUGAAGACCUCAAAGAUCAAGUGGAAAGAACACCAAGUGAAAUGGAACUAGCUGAGGAGUUGACCCACCUUGAAAUGACAAUGAGGAAAAUCCAGAACUUCACAUCCGUCUCUAUCUGCGAUGAAAUUUUUCCUAGGAUAAAAAAUCAGCUUCAGGAAAAGCAAUGGAUUGUCGAGCGACUGCAGCGAGCUUCUCAGCUCUAUUACAUGACAUCGGAGAAGAAAAGCACAGCAGAGAUGGCAGCUGUUUCCUUGAGGAAUGCAAUAUCUGAAAUUGCUUGCAAAUAUGAGGCUGAGAAGUCUGGUGUAUUGGAUGAAACACAAACACAACAACAGCUAGUCGAUCAAUGCAAUGAAGACAUAAAGGAGAAAGGAAAAAUGUUCAUUACAAUCAGAAUGUCACUACAAAUGUUGUACAGUAAGUUAGAUUGUAUUCGUCGGCCAACAGACAAAGUUGAACACAUGGACUCACUGGUGGCCAUUGAGUCUAGUGAGCUUGGUCGAGAAAAGAGUGAAGAGAGCAUCGAGCCACUUCCUUCAGAAGACCCUCUAGAAAUACUCCGCCAAGUUAUGAUACGAUCAAGAAAGCUUAUAAGCCAUGCUACGCUGGCUUUGAAUGAAGAAGAAUUGGAAGAUGCAAGAGCAUUAUUCCAAACAACUGUUACUGAAAAAAUUAGCAGAGCUGAAUAUGGUGAAGCUGAUAAGGAAGAACAAGAAAUUAUGGUUGACUAUGAUGUCGAUGAUCCAUCUGUGCUAACAAGAGCAGAGAUUAAGACAACAAGUAAGAAGAUUGUUGCACAAUUUGAGAAAUCACUAUAUGAUUUCUAAGACUGAAGGUACACAUG